GCCUCAACAUGGCCGAUGGUUCUUUACCCGCUGGAGCUGUCCAAGAUGCCACCACUAUAACCGCACCCCAAAACCAAAACCAAAGACCAGGUUAUUACGCCGCCCUCCAAGUCCCCAGAAUCCCUACCCCGCAAACCUCAACCCCUUUGAUCCCGGGUCAACCACCAAUACCUCCUUACCCCCCUCUCCCCCAACCACAGCACCCACAGCAACCGCAACCACCACAGGCGCAGAACGCAAACCAGCCAUAUUACGCCGUCAACUACCCCCCUGGCGCCUGGCAAAAUGCAUGGCAGAUGGCCGGGUACCCAUACGCCUCUGGCAGUGCUCCCUACCAGCAACACCACUACUCCCAGAUUCCUUACACACAGUACCAAUCUCAGCAGUAUAUGACACAGUUCCAACAUUAUCCCC